UGUUUCUUACAGAUAUCGAGCUAUGGUUGUGCAACAAAAUAUAAAAAAAAAUUGUUCAGAUAAUUCUGUUCAAGUUUUAGAAGGAACUCGAAUAGUACAUGACCAACCAACACCAAUGGAACUUACUCCCGAGUAUGCUAACCUAAUGCCAUCCACGUCUUGCGAGCGGAACAGAGAAAUUACAAAAAUGAGUUCAGAGGACCAUGUUCAAGUUCCAUCCACGUCUAGCAUACAUUCAACAGGGUCCACGGAUAAUUUUGACGAUGAUUUUGUCAUACUUCCUGAGGAGGGACAAAAAUUUGAGGAAUGCAGUGGCAGGAGAAUCGUGGACAUCGGUUAUUUUUUCAAGCAAUUGAAAGAAAUGGAUCAUGAAUCAUUAUUUAAAUGCAACAACAGUCAUUUACGUUUACAACAGGAAAUGCGUAAGGGUCUAGCGUCUACAUUCCUAUUCGAGUGCGAGAUUUGCAAUUCUUUGGUGAGAGACAGAAAAGGUAUCCAAGAAAGAACAACAAGACAGAAAGAAAGCUCGGAGUGGCUGGAGAUUAGAAAACUAUUACUCACAGCGUCAAACUUCGGUGCAGUAGUUAAAAGAAAGAAAAACUUCCAUUCCCUGGUGAAGGACAUUCUUUACAAAUCCAACUUAUCCUCAAUAGCAUCGGUAGCUCACGGAAUCAAAAAUGAACCAUUUGCUCUACAACAACUGGCCUCUCAAGAAAAUGUGGUGAUAGAGGAAUGUGGACUAUAUGUCGACCCUGACUGUCCCUACAUCGGCGCCGCGCCAGAUGGCAGAGUUGGAGAUGAUAUGAUUGUAGAGAAUUGGUAG